GCCGGGAUCGCUUUGUACAGGCACUGCCCGCCGCCCGCCGUGUCCUGCCUUGUCCCGCUGUCAAGCAUAAGCACAGCAAGCAAUAAACCAAACAGGACAUUCUCUAGCCACAACACUCCUCACUGCUGCGGCCUACCACACACCGUGCCAUGCUAUGCUCGCCAGCAAAGGCUGCUACCCAGAAACCGUCAGCUGUGAACCUGUGCGCCGGCGCUGCUUCUCGGGCGGCGCUGCUGCUGCUGCUGGUGCCGCUGCCGCCAGCGCCGCCACCGCUGCUGCUACUGCCACCGCCGCCGCCACCGCCACCGCCAGCAAUUUCAUAAUGAGAUGAAAAGGGAAGCAUCCGUUUUCAAGGGAUUACCCUCAAGAUUGGCAACAUGUGAGAAUUUCAUCGAGGAUUGGGCGGGAGCUUGGACUUAGCGGCCAGGAGUAGCGACGAGGAGCUAGGAAUCGUAGGAGUGCCUGGGCCUCACGGUACCGUGAGCACAUGCAUGGGUUUGCACCCUUGAGAGCGUGUGGACACGAAUCCCCCCUCGAGGUUAGAGCAGCGGGGGUUGCGCGAUUUCCGGUUGGUAAGACCGGCGGCUCACCGCAGCGGGUAUGCGAGGUAACUUCAGGUAACAUCCGUAAACCGUCGCUUUGCUGCAUCGCAUACACUGUCUUUGCGCAACGUUUUCCUUGUGCUCUUUAACACAAGUGCGCGAGCCGGUUCAUGUCCCGCGGGCGUGCCGGGGCCUCUAGGGCUCGUGUUUUAGCGACUUGAUUUGUGAGUGUAUGGACAAUUUCUGGUGGUGAAAUUGCCCUAGGCUCACAAAUCUUGUCGAAGGGUAAUUUUCGGCGUCCUACACAGUGCUGUGCUGCGUGCCGUCGCGUCUGGACGAUGCUACCGAAAAUUGCUAUCGUGUCGAGUUUUGGGCACUAGGCCUGGAGCCCGUUCCGCGGGGUCGGGGACCGGGCUGGGGGCCUUGUGGCGCCUCGGGCGCGCCGUGUUCCUCCUGCUUUGUCGCGUUCCUCUGAUUUGCGCCAUAACCUGUACUGACUU